AUGGUUAGGAAGAGUGCAAGAUCUGUAAAUCAAACCAUAACUAAUCAAUAUGUGGUAAACGAGGAAUAUCUUAGAGAGCUAAUUGAGCAAGAUAAUGAUUUUGAACCGUAUCCAGAAUUAUUGCCUUCAGAAAAAGCCUAGCUUGAGUCUGACAAUGAAAAUGAUGCAUCCAUGUUUACGGUUGAAAAGAUAUUAGAUAAAAGAAAAGAAGGCAGACGUAUAUUUUACCUAGUUAAAUGGGAAGGAUAUGCUGAGGACUAGGCAACAUGGGAACCUCUUAGUAACCUUUAAAAUGUGAAAGAACUCCUGAAGGAAUUUGAUAGACAAUUUGAACUUGGAGUAAUGAAUAAUAAUUCUACUAACGUCUCUGUAAAUCCAAACAAUUCAACCAAUAAUGAUAAUGAUAGAAACAUGGAAUUCACUUAGGAUAACGAUGAAAUGCAGUAUAUGGUUUAGAGGAACUCCCAUGAUAAGCUUAUUCCAAUUAGCUCUAAAAGUAAAUCUAUAAAGAAAGGAUGGUCUAAAAAAUUUGAAAAAUAACACUCUUAAUAUGAUGCAAUAUCGGUAAAUUAAACUUUGGAGAAACAUUCAUGUGUUAAAACUGAGCCGCUUAGCUAAAAAAUUAAAGCUAAAAAAUAAGGCUCUAAAAGCUAAGAGAUAAUAGAGGACACUGAGGAGUAAAUAAAAAUUUUGAACAAGUAAAAGGAGAUUAUUAAACAAUAAUAAUAUUAAAUUGAGGAAUAAUUGCAAAUAUUAGAAUAAAUUAAAUAGCAUAAUAAAAUAAGAUAGUUAUCGCUCUAAUGUGGAAUAAAAUCAAAUACUAAUAACGUAGAUACUCAAGUGAGUCCUGAAAAAUCUCGAUCUUAAGCAAAAUUAACGAAGACUAAGAACUUAACAUAUAAAAGAGGCAAGUAAUCAGUAUUAAAGCAAAUAAGCUAAUAAUAGUAGACAGAUGGAUUAGGGUAAUCAGAUUUAAUGGCGAAAGCUAAUCCUAAGAAACCUGGCAGAAAGAAAAAAAAUGCAAUAGUAAAUGAUACUACAAAUGAGGCUUAGACUAAUUAGGACUAGAGUGAAUAGUUUGAUCCAACUUGCUGUGAAAUAAAUACUGAAGAAAUCAAUGAAUUAGUUUAGGAUGAAUUACCUCAAGAAGGUGUAUUAGAAUUUGAUACCCCAGUUUCAAUUAAAUCUGCCAAGAUGAUAAAUGGUCAAAUUAAUAUAGUAAUAGAAUGGCAAGUAAGGAAAAAUGGUUUCAAGCCUCUUGAAAGUAUGAUUACCAAUGAUUAAGCUAAAUAAAAAUGCCCUAAUCUGCUAGUAGAUUUUUACGAAAGUAAAAUUAGCUCAAUUAAAUCGCAAAAUGUAACAACAGCUGAUUAAUAAAAAGAUAACUAAAAAUAUAGCAAGUAAAUAUAGAACCCUGAAUAAGAAUAAAUUAGUAAAAGUUGA